AUGAAAUUGAAAUAAAAGGAGCAGGCUUUUGUUAAGAUUUUGUAAACUAAUCCUUAAUCUUACUAAACAUACGAAGAAUUAGGAAAUGUUUAUUUGGAAAUGGGAUAGUUUGAAAACGCUAAAAAUAGCUUUUAUAGUGCAUUGGAAAUAAAUCCUUAAUCUGCAAGAGCAUAUUGCGGUCUAGGAAUUAUCUGCUCUGAAUAAAAUAUGAUCAAAGAGUCUGAAUAAUACUUCUAAAAGUCUUUAGAGCUCAAUCCUAAAUCAGCUAUUACACUUUCAAAUUUAGGAAUUCUAUAUGAUAAAUGCGUAACUAUCGAUCAGAGAAUAUUUUGUUAUAAGUAAGCUAUAGAAAGCGAUCCAAGUAUUCAUUAAUCAUAUAAUGGACUUGGACUUGCUUAUCUUGAUAAAUAAAUGUAUGGAAAUGCAAAAUAACUAUUUUAAAAAUGUCUAGAAGUAAAUCCUUAAAAUAUUAACGCGCAUUUCAAUUUAGCAACUAUAUACAGAAGUGAAAAUAAUUAUUAAGAUUGUAUAAAUUGCUUAGAGACAUGUUUAAAAAUUUAUCCCUAAAAUGAUGCGCCUUUUAGCAUUUAUUAUAAUUUAGGAGAGGCUUAUUAGUAAUUAGGUAUGAUGGAAGAAGCCAUAAAAUAUUUAAAGAAAACUAUUGAAAUUUAACCCUAAUAGUAUUUACUACAUGAUAAAAUAGGUGACAUUUACUUUCAAAUGGACAAUUUAGAAGAAUCAUUAAAACACUUCGAAACUGCUUUGAAAAUAAAUCCAGAAUCAGCUAGAACUUUAGCUAAUUUAGGUCUAAUUAAUAUUAACUUAGGAAAUUAUUAAGAAGCUUAAUAAUAAUUAUAAUAUGCUUUAUAACUAGAUCCUGGUGCUUAAAUUUGUUAUCACUAUUUAGGGUAUUUGCAUCUUUAAUAAGGCCGUUUUGAUGAGGCAUAAUAAAAUUAUGAAUCUUAUUUUGAGAUAAACCCUGAAGAUGAUAAUUUAAAUGCUUUGGAACAUUUAGGAAUUACAUACAUGAACUAAAUAAUCUUUAAAGGCAAAAGGGAUUUAUUAGAUAAGACAAGGGAUUUAUAUGAAAAAUUACUUAAAAUAGAACCUAAUAGUGUAACAAUUUUACUUAAUUUAGGUAGCAUUUACUAUAAUUUGGGAUAACUAGAAUAAGCAAUAAAAUAUAAUUAAAUGGCUUUAUAAAUUGAUCCAAACUAUGAUUAGGCUAAUUUUAAUUAAGGAAUUAUUUACCAUUAAAAAGGUAUGGCAGAAAAGGCUAUUAAAUACUUUCAGAAAUCUUUUUAGUCAAAUUCUAAAUCUAGUGACGCUAUUUACAACUUAGGAAUCAUUUAUGGCUAAAAUGGAAACUUAUAAGAAGCAGAAUACUUUAAUAAGUUGGCUCUAUAAGCAAAUAAUGAUUUUGCUAAGGUUUAUUAACUGCUUGAUAUCUCUGAAUCAGAAAUUAAAAUAACCUCAGAAAUAAAAAGCAUAUGUGAUAAAGCAUUGAAUGCAAAAAUUGAGCAAGGAGUUGACUAUUAUAUUUUAGCUUUUGUUUAAAAUUUAUUAGGUUAUAAAGAAUAAGCGUUAUAUAAUUGUGAGAUGGCUGUGAAAUACAAUGAAUUACUUGCUGAUGCCUUUUAACUCAAAGGAUAAAUUCUAAAAUAAUAAGGCUAAGAAAAAGAAGCCAUUAAAUGUUUUGAUAAAGUUCUUGAAUUAAAACCUUAUUAAACAUUCCCUAAUUAAAAAAUAUGA